UGUCACUUUCAAUGAAAUGAAAACUUGUUUGAUUUUCUACGUAUUUGUGUUCUUAUUUAUUGUAAUUUAUUAACCUAAUUUGUAAAAGUCAACGAAAACACGUGAAUAUUUAUUUGCACCCUCGUUUGCCAACCAAAAAUGUUCGAGUAUUGCUAGUGAAGAGGCCAUGGAACGGUUCCCCUUAAAGUCCUCCGCACCGAAAAUGAGCACAACGUACCAGUCGGUGUACAAAAAGGGUGGUGGGGGUGCGUCAAAUGGGCGCAACAUACACUCUGAAGAUGACAUGGUAGAUAUAACCCCUGGGCUGCAGCAGGCCGCCGAGACAACCCCGACCAACCACGGCACUUUUCAGCUAUACGAGCACGGGGGCAGAAAUUCUGCUGCCAGCGCUAACUCGUACAUCGCUCAGUACUUCAGUUCUACUGGGGACGCAGUUAUAUUUUCCGGAAUGCAAGGAGACGAUGACAUUCCCGGAAUCGGACAGUAUGAUGACUUUCACACAAUUGAUUGGCAGCGAGAUAUUGCUAGAGAUCGGAUGAGGCAUCGAUAUAUUGUUAAAAAGAGGCAGGAUUCACUAUGGGAUUUAAUAAAAGGCGCACACGACGCGUGGUCCGGAUGGGUGUGCGUGCUGCUCGUGGGUGUCUGCACAGGCGUGGUGGCCGGCGUCAUCGACAUCGGCGCCUCCUGGAUGACGGACCUCAAGUUCGGGAUCUGCCCUCAAGCGUUCUGGUUCAACCGGGAGCAGUGCUGCUGGUCUAGCAACGAGACGACGUUCGACCACGGGAACUGCUCGCAGUGGAUGACCUGGGCGCAAGUGUUCGGGGAGUCGCGCGACGGCGCGGGCGCGUAUAUCAUCAGCUACCUGUUCUACAUAGUGUGGGCGCUGAUCUUCGCGGCGCUUUCGGCGUCGCUCGUGCGAAUGUUCGCGCCCUACGCGUGCGGAUCGGGUAUCCCUGAGAUCAAGACCAUCCUGAGCGGGUUCAUCAUCCGCGGGUACCUGGGCAAGUGGACGCUGAUCAUCAAGGUCGUCGGGCUCAUCCUGUCCGUGUCCUCCGGCCUCUCCCUGGGCAAGGAGGGGCCUAUGGUCCAUAUUGCUAGCUGUCUAGGGAAUAUCUUGUCGUACCUGUUUCCGAAAUACGGCCGCAACGAAGCCAAGAAGCGUGAGAUCUUGUCGGCAGCCGCCGCGGCCGGAGUCUCAGUCGCCUUCGGAGCGCCCAUCGGAGGAGUCCUCUUCAGCUUAGAGGAGGUAUCGUACUACUUCCCUUUGAAGACACUAUGGCGUUCGUUUUUCUGCGCUCUGAUAGCCGCGUUCAUCCUGCGGUCAAUCAACCCGUUUGGCAACGAACACUCCGUCCUGUUCUUCGUGGAGUACAACAAACCGUGGAUAUUCUUCGAACUUAUUCCGUUUGUGGGGUUGGGGAUAAUAGGGGGGUGUAUAGCCACCAUAUUUAUAAAAGCGAACAUAUGGUGGUGUCGGUACCGCAAGUACUCGAAGCUUGGUCAGUACCCGGUCACGGAGGUUCUGGUGGUGACCCUGGUCACAGCGGUGGUGGCCUAUCCCAACCCGUAUACACGCAUGAACACCAGCCAGCUGAUCUAUCUGCUUUUCAACCAGUGCGGGAUAUCCAAUUCGGAUCCUCUAUGUGACUACGAUCGGAACUUCACGGACGUGAGUUCAGCAAUAACUCGAGCUCCAGCCAAGCCCGGGGUGUACAACGCGAUAGGACUGCUGUUUCUGGCGCUGGUGCUCAAACUCGUGAUGACAGUGUUCACCUUCGGCAUCAAAGUACCGUGCGGCCUGUUCAUCCCGAGCCUGGCCCUCGGGGCCAUAGCGGGCAGGAUAGUGGGAAUAGGCGUGGAACAGCUAGCGUUCCACCACUCGAAGAUUUGGAUCUUUUCUGGGGAAUGCUCAACGGGAGACGACUGCAUAACGCCCGGCCUGUAUGCCAUGGUUGGAGCCGCGGCCGUGCUCGGCGGCGUGACUCGCAUGACGGUGUCCCUAGUGGUGAUAAUGUUCGAGCUGACGGGCGGAGUGCGGUACAUAGUCCCGCUGAUGGCUGCCGCGAUGGCGUCCAAAUGGGUGGGCGACGCGCUGGGCCGCCAGGGCAUAUACGAUGCCCACAUUGCUCUCAAUGGAUAUCCUUUCCUGGACAGCAAAGAUGAGUUUCAGCAUACGUCCCUCGCGGCGGACGUAAUGCAGCCCAAACGCAACGACACCCUGGCGGUAAUCACGCAAGACUCGAUGACGGUGGACGACGUAGAGACGCUCCUCAAGGAGACGGAGCACAACGGGUACCCCGUAGUGGUGUCCAAGGAGUCUCAGUACCUGGUGGGAUUCGUGCUCCGCCGCGACCUCAAUUUGGCCAUAGCGAACGCCCGGCGUACCAUCGAGGGCAUCAGUGGUCAGAGCGCGGUGGUGUUCGCGGGCAGCGGGCCCGCGCCGGCCGGCCCGCCGCCGCCGCUGGCCCUACACCGCAUCCUCGACAUGGCGCCCAUCACCGUCACCGACCAGACGCCCAUGGAGACCGUCGUCGACAUGUUCCGCAAGCUGGGCCUGCGCCAGACGCUCGUCACGCACAAUGGACGCCUGCUUGGGGUCAUCACGAAGAAGGACGUGCUACGUCACGUCAAGCAGAUGGACAACGAGGACCCCAACUCGGUCCUGUUCAACUAGCGGCCGCCGCGCGCGCGCGCCACCCCCGCCCCUACCCUCACCCCCGCUGAACUCGUCUCCUGCUACUUCUAAACCUCGCCCCACCCCGCACCAGCUCACACCACCUCACCCCCUCAACACUAGAGAUGGGUUAUACUAGGUAAAUUUGAUACUAGGUGCACCUAUUCCAAGUAUUUAUUAAUACUUGAUCCAAAUACCUAUUCCACCUAGUACGUAGUAAUUUACCAUACUUGACGCGACUAGUGCGGACUAAUCCACGUAUUAUGACUUUAAAAUACAAUUUUCUUUGAAAAGAUACAACCGUAGUAUUAAUAAUGCAAUUUGAAAUUGAAUAAUAAUGUUUUUGCUGGCUGUUGAUUUAUUGAUAUCCUCCCUUCAUACUUCAACAGGCUAUUCCUAUGUCACACCUGCCUGCGCUCAAAUUUGUUUGUCAGACAGAGACGGAGUGAAUCUCUACGUUCGCACAUAAGCUUAGCGAGAAAUACGCGGUGCGCGUAAUACACGACUACGGAUUAUGCAAUAAUAACCUCUAUUACUUUGAUGGUAGGGUCGGAAAUCGUGUAAAUUAAAAAAUACUAGGUGGAUCAAGUAUUUUAAAAAUUGGAAUAGGUGCCACUUAGUACUGUAAAAUACCUAGUGUGUGGAUCUGUUCUAGUAAAUACGUCUCAUCUCUACUCAACACCCCACUAUCCUUCCCGCGACAGCACAGUGGCGUCAGUGCGAAUACAUCGGAACUCAUGUGGUUAACAGUUUCAAUUUUAAAAUAGCAGUUAUAAUAACACGUAUUACUGAAUAACGUAGUCUAUAUGUUACUUGGUGUGUCAUCUCUGUACGAUCCCUGCGAUGCGUCGCCGACGAUAUUUAGAAUAAGACGAUCGACUCAUGACGGUCUUGUAAAUACAAGUCACUCGCUUGAGGAACGCUAAAUCUAAGAGCAGUCGUGUUUAUUGAUGUUAUUGUAUUUAAUAUAAUGUGUACAUGUUGUAUCGAGAUUAUUUAUCGCGUCCAUCGCGUUUUAAUUAGGAUUAUUAUAAAAUGCAACGUUCGCCCGACGUCUCACGCAAGAAUGAUUACCCUGAUAUGCAGCUCGUAACUAAUAAUAUUGUACAAAGUGCUUUGUUAUUUAUCAGCUAUUUUAUAGUGUAGGCGAACUUGCUACUAUUUAUUUUAGAUCAAUUUACUAUCCGACUACAUCAGGACAUAGUAUAGUGAAAUAUUUCCUGUGUAGCACGAACUAUCCUACUUAAGUGAGCUAUAGUAUUAUAGCGUAUAAUAGCCGAUGCAGCGAGUGAGCUCGCGUGGACUCCACGCGCCACUAGAAUAAUAGAUUAUUAGGAUUUUAGCAUUUGGAAUGUGAGGCAAUGUUAUUAUAAUAAAUAUUGCUAUUUAAAACUGAAUGUAUAUCUUGUAUGUGUAAAUGCAUAAUAUUUUACCCCCAUCACUUUAUUUUUUACACACUGUAGAUUUUAUUAUACUUUUUAAUGGAAUUUGAACAAAGUUUGUAGCUGAUACGUAAUUCAGAAUCACAAGAGAUCGGAAUUAUUACUAUCGAAAAUUAGGACUGCAUUUUAUUGAGAAUUUUAUCAUAAAAUGAAAGAUCACCAUAAUUUAGUAAAUAUGUAUCAAUACUGUACUAAAGAUUUAUAUGUUAUAUCUCAUUUUUAAUAGGUUUUAGUGAAUUUUAUUUUUAUAAUUACUUUUCUUUUAACUACAUAACACUAUAUUAUACAAUUUUAUUAAAAGUAUGUGUACGAAUAAUUUUAAUUCUUGGACAUGAUCUUAGUCUGCUGCUUGUCAAAUAUAAUAAUUUCAUGCGAAUUAGAGCAAAUAGCAAUUACAGAAACAUUGAAUAUAAGUUUUCGAAGCUUCCGUCAUUUCUACCUCGGAAGGCAGCGUUUAAUAAAUAGUGUAGCGUCGAUAAGUGUAGACCAGAUGAUAGUGUAUAGGUGUUGACACAUUCGCGAACCAAAAAUGUUUUGUGUUAAAUAAAUCUCUAUGUUCAAAGUAGAUAACAAUGCCGCGGACAGCAUCAUAGUUCAGCAUCGACCUGUGUUCAGAGUCCCACCUUCUGAUACAAUCGAACAUCCGUUGCGAAGUCAUCUUCAGUAGUGUGCUGUAGUACGUAAUCAUGGUUAGCUAGCGUCAGGAGCUGUAGUUUGGUAGCCAAGUCGCGUUGCUUACGCGCACCGAAUACUGUAAUGGGUUAGUACUAGUAGAAGUCGUAUAUACUAGGAAGGCAUAGUGUAAACUUGAAAGUCAUAAUUGGUAAAGUGCAAUGUAAUCUUAUAAGUGAGGUUUAAUAUAAGAAUCUGUCAUCUACCGCGUGUCUUUCAUGAAAGUAGUGUUGUAAAGUUUUCGUAAAUCUAGAUGUGACGUGUAUAUAUUGUAAAUAAUGUGGUAAUAACACAAAACGUGGUAUUGUAGGGUCGGGCGGGGAUAAGGUUCGUUCGGCAGCAUCUUCGCCGUCAUGAUGUGCAAGUAUUGUCAGAGUUAGAUAUAAAUAUUGCGUAUUCUUUUGAAUCAUGACCUUUUAUUUAUUGUUGUCUUAUACAUCGUUCUAAUAAUUAUAGUUUCACGAUUUUAAUGAUUCCUAUUAUUAUACACACUAUGUAUUUUUAUUAUGAUUUUAAUAUCCUGUCAUGCAAGUAAGUUGAAUUAGUUGUUGAAGUUAAAUUUUAGAGAGAGGUUACGGUUUACGCCACUACUUGUGUUAUUACUAUUGUUUUUAAUAUUGGAUGUUUAUAUUUAUGAGAUUUAAAGGUCUACUGUGUAUUGAGGCUCUAAUCCAUAUAAAUGUAUUUGUUUAUUGGUUAACACAAUCAUAGUCAUAAGUGUCAUGAAAUUGUAAUUCUUAUUUGCCUUCACUUUACGAUCAUAUCGUUUGUAGCAAUACAUCAAUCAAUGUGUAUGAUAAAUUAUUUGCAAUCGCUCGGGCGUUGCUGACGACCACCAUAGUUUACAAAUGUUUAUAUUGUUCUUGAUGUUCUACAGUAUACCUGUCACUGUAUUUUAUAUAAACGGACUGAUAUUUAUCGAUAUUAAGUGUUUGUAAAUAUUACACUAGGUGUACCUGCUCUACUGUGACUUUUUGUAAAUUGUACUUUUGUUCUGGGCAGCGCUUGUCUAUUUCAAUAGUAAAGGCAAUAGUAUGCCUGCAUAACACACCACAGGCCGACCGAAAGUCAGUUUUUUUACUUCUGAAACCUAAAUUUGACAAAAAUUGGUCAGAUCUAUUCUGUUCGUUUUGUGUUUUACUCGCUAUCGAGUGUUUUGUCGGUCCUUCUGGAGCAGAGGCGUGGUAUAGGUAGGAAGUCAGUCUGUGUAGGUUUCUCGAUGUCGAUCCGCGGCUUGACAGCUCUAGGUUCAAUUGGAUGUUAACUACUUACAACUAGCCGGUUAGUCUCCUAUCCUGUACAAUGUGAUCACUCCUUGAGUGUAAGUACGUACAUUUUAUUGGAUAUCGUCGUUGUAUACAUGUUUUACUAUCUUAAUGUAUAAAUAAAAUGAAGUUACACUUAUAGGAAGCAUGUAAUGGUUUAUGUUUACGCUGUAUAAUUUAUUUAUAUUUAAAAUGUUUUAUUUCUAGAUGUUUUGAGUUUAGAAUAAUUUAUUGAAUAAAUAAGAUUUGCAGACAUUUAA